GGGAAGGAAGGAAGGAAGGAAAGAGGGGAGGUUCCUCGACCUCUGUUGCUUGUAUCAAAUGAAAAGGGAUAGUGGCCGGGGAAGAGAGAUCGGCGCUGCAUAUGAAUAGGAGCGACUACAGCUUGUGCGAGAGGGAGGGAGGGGGCCGAGACAGCGACCUCAAGAGGGAUGCUGCUCUGUCGUGUCUGCUGAGAUGCUGAGCGCUGCUGGACGACGACUAUAAGCGCCGAGGAGGCUGGACCGAAAGGGAAGAGAGGAGAGAGAGAGAGAGAGAGAACGGAGGGAGUGAAGAGAAAAAAAACAGUCCUGAAGCCCACGGUUACGCCAAGCAGCAUGAGGCUGCAGGAGCUGGCAAACGCAAGCACGUUUGCCCACGCGGACACGGGGCUCUGAGGGCCAGCACCCCGUCAGCGAUGGCACUGUCCUUGGAUAACGUUGUCCGUGUCUUCCAUCUGUUUUCAUUCCAUUUCGCCGCUCAGACACGAGUGGAUUUUUCAAUGAUGAUGACCUGUCAGUGGCAGCACGUUUGAAAACCCGGGACGAGCCAGAGAGCGAAGCAAGCAAGAGACGCAGAGACGCCCGAGGUUAUGAGCCGCACAGCUGAAUAAACUUCGGACCCGAGAGCAGUCGACCACAGGCUUUUUUUUUUUCUUUUGACAGACGCCAGACGCACACUAUUUACACACUUUUUUUUUCCACACCAAGAUUUUUUCCUCUAUUUGUUGCAAAUCUUGGAGGGCAUAAGGACCUUCACAGGCAAGACGCGGGUGACUGGGGGAAUGCUUGGAGCCGCGUGAAGCGAUGUGUCCCGCUGAGCCUCUGCGUUCAGACUCACCGUGGUGAAUGUGCCCGGAGCGGCCAGGCACGGCAGGAGCCACCAGGGGGGUUCUUCCCUCACAUGUGACUGCCUGGACACUGGAAAAUGAGCACUGGCCCCACCCAGGAUGUGGCCAUUGAGCUUUUCCUACGAGAUAUUGAAGAAAGGGGCAGCCACGCGCACAAAGCUCUGAUUGCAAGAGAGAGCCAAAAUAGCGAGAUGAACCUGCUCUACCGGAAGACAAGGAUAGACUGGCGUCACCGUGAUACAACUGAUCACGAUAACAAAAAGAGCAGCAGCAAAGAUGGCUCUGUUACUGUGGGAAAGGUCAGAGACAUGGCCUCUUUUCGACGGCACUUCCGAAUGGGCUUCAUGACGAUGCCAGCUUCACAAGAGCACACACCACAUCCAUGUGCAAGCAGUAUGGCACCCCGCUCACAGUCUUGUCACUCUGUGGGCAGCAUGGAGAAUGGUGGGGAGCCACACCACCCUACCUGUGCCAGAAAGCCUCCUGCUAAGCCAAAACGUCACCCCAGCACACGGUUGAGCACAGCAGGAGAGCUCCAUGGCUCAGAGGAAGGAGGAGCUGCAGGGACUGAAAAGAAAACAGGGGUGAAGAAAUCAGACACAGGUGAACAACAUGGCAGGAAGAUACCACCUUUGAAGCCAAAGAGAGCUCCAAACACACAGCUAUCAGUAUCCUUUGAUAACACACACCCCACACAACCACUUAAUCCUACCAACUCCAGGACUAUCUCGCACCAGUCUUUCUCUGCUUCACGGUAUACCCCUGACAGCCAACACUCACAGUCACAUGCAUCCACUCCUCAGAAUGCCAGAGAAUUGGAUGAGGAGGAGCCAGUGUAUAUAGAGAUGGUUGGAGAUGUUUUUAAGGAUCCAUCCCACAGCACAGCCACUCCAGACUCAGAUUCUGACCAGAGUGAAGCCAUUUACGAGGAAAUGAAGUAUCCACUUCCUGAGGAUCCUGGGUGCCCUGUUGGGGAGUUCCAAAACCAUGGAAGAGGAGGGGAACAUACACACCAUAAAUCAACCAAGGUCUCCCUUAUUCUCCCUCCUCCUCCACUACCUCCUCAUAAUUCAGCUCCUCUUGCACCUAAAGUUAAACUCAAGCGAGAAGUGGCGGUGGUGGCCCCAACUACUGCUGCAGUAAGUGCUGCUGAUCAAGCAUCUUUUGUGCAUUCUCAGCUUUCCACGUCUUCAGCUAGCUCAGGGACCACCAGAGCUCCUACUCCAUUUGUCUUUGCCAAAAACAGUUCCUGUGAGAUACCAGCCCCGUUUCCCAAUCUCCUUCAACACAAGCCUCCCUUGUUGGCCUUUCCACAGCCAGCUGCUUCAUCAAGUGGCAUUUCUGUCCAGAAAUCCUCCAAACUAGGCACAGUAUCUACUCAGACUGGACAAUCUGGCCAGCCCAGCUCAAAACUUCCUGUGCUACAGCCCAACGUCCAUGGCAAAGAUCAGUUACAAACUGCAUCACAACAGAGUAGUAAUGUUUCCUCUUCUGUGACUUCCACAGUUGGGCCCAGCUCCAGCAAUGCAGAUGGGCAGAAUCAAAACCAAAAUCAGCAGAAUCAAAGAGCUCCUGAUAUCAAGGAGCAAAAUCUCUUGGUUCUAGGGCCAGCUGGUAGAGCUCGAAGCCAUUCAACUCCGCUUCCUCCUCCCCAGUCAUCUCAGUCAUCUUAUCUGCAGCACAAAGCAGACAAAGACCUUCCUGUCUCACAGAGCAUGAAGCUGGGAUCCCAUUCAGCAGUACAAUCUCUGCUUCCUGUCCUGCAACAACAGGUAGCUUCUGGAAGCACAGCAAAGGAUAAAAGUGUAGGUGUAUCUACAAGUCAAAAGUCAAGUCAGGACAGAGAUAAAGAAAAGCAAGAGCCAUCCACUGGUAAUACUGCAGUCCCGUCUGGACGCUCAGCUACUCCUCUGGCACGUCCCAUUUCCUAUCGCAGCCCAACACCUCAUAACUUAAUGGAUCAUCCUUGUUCAAUGUUGUGGACAUACCCUUCUGCUGGUCUUAAGAGACCUCCAGCCUAUGAAAGCCUACGGGGACCCACACAAGGAGGGAUUCCUAAAAGCAGCUCAGCCUCUCCUGCAGCUUUACCUGCACAACAUAAAGGCAUGCUUGGGGCUCUCUCUACAUGCACACGUCAGCAGACGCCCUCCGCCCUUCCUACAGUUCCUGCUGGCAGCACUGUGGGAGGAAUUGGGGAUCCUAAGGGACUUUCAAGUCCAGUUGAGGAAGGCACAUACUGGCCAAUGCAGAGGAAGAUGUCAUUUAGUAGGGCCAGCAAAGAUUCUGAAAAGACUAUAGAAAAUGCCAAAAUGUGGAAUGGGAGCACAGAUGCUCUGGUUUGUACCGAUAAGGAAGAAAAGUUAAUGGGACAGUCAGGGAUUCCUGUUCGGACGCAUGGCCUAGAUGGGACUUCUGGGAAAGGCUUGGCCAGACCAGGACUGCCAGUGCCAUGCCAAACCUUCCCCGCUUGUCACCGAAAUGGAGAAUUUGGGCGGCUGGGCCGCUCGGCUUCUACUUCUGGAGUGAGACAAGCUUCAACCUAUGUUCAGAGGCAGUGUAGCCUCCCACGAGAUGCCCUUCAUCAGAUACCUGGCCAAUCCCGUCAGAAUCUCAUCAGUCAACCAGGUGUUGUUCCCCACCAUUUCCAAAGUCCAUCACCGACUACUGGAAGUAAUUCUCCACUUCCUCAACAUGUGCACCUACAUAAUCAGUCAAUGCAAUGUCAGCCUCAAGCUGUAGGCGAGGCUGUAACUAUGACUGCUCUGGCCCAACAGCAAAGGGAUGGGAAACUACUAGAGGUCAUAGAGCGCAAACGCUGCCUCUGCAAAGAGAUCAAAGCUCAUCGGCGGCCUGAGCGAAGCCUCUGCAAGCAGGACAGCAUGCCAAUACUUCCCAGCUGGCGCAAGAACACAGAGACAAGAAAGACUGGCACACCUCCUUGUCGUAGGCAGCAGACCGUGCUUUGGGACACUGCCAUUUAAGUUGGGCUCUGCAAAGAAAAGGUGGUGGUAGUGAUAGGUGGUGGGGGACUGUUCGAGCCAUGUUAUGAACCUUUCAUAAUUGUACAAGCCUAAUACCAGGAGUAUGCGAGUGGGUGAGUAUUUGCUUUUAGAAAUGUGGACAAACCCCUGACAAGGACAACUUAGAAAUACUUUUGUCAGCUUGUAGUGAUGCAGAAUAACUACAAAAACAAGCUGCCAAGGGGUAUUCAAUUCAUGUUGUGUUGGCCAUAUACAGGAAUUGACCAGAAUACUCAUUGUAGCAUAGGUCGCUCACCAUAGAGCCCCUGUACAGACAAACAUCCCUUCAAUGGAGGUUUCACAGUAUUUGUUUUUAGUAGAAUCAAUUAGACCUUGCUAUCUGCAGUGCACAGACCUUGUGUUUAAUCUUGGAUUUCAACAAACAACAAAAGCCAUGGUCUCAUCAAAAAGACCCUUUCAACUGAUCAGAAAAGACACAUAGUCACUUAAAUGACAAAAGCGUGUAUAAGUACUGCUGCUCCAAGAACUGCACACUAAUGCAUGUGGGCCAGAGAAACUUGUAAGACUUAAGAGUGACUCUUUAUUUUAUGCUCUUUUACAACUAUAAGUGGAAAGUGUAGGAGGCCUACAGAUGCUACAUAUUUGCAGUUGCACUGUCACAACACAACAUAUUAAAAAUAAAAACCAAUUGAUGAGACCUUUGUUUUCCCAUAUGCAUAUACAGUACACAUGACAAAACAGUAUCACACUACCUUUGCCAAAAAGACAGAUGUCAAUGCUAAUGUCCAUAGUGGAAAGGAAAAAAAUACAAAUGCACCCAAAUUUGUUGAGUCUUCUUUUUAUAGAAGGCACUUCUGUGUAGGUGGUUUGGAUAUCACACAACAUUGUAUAAUUACUUUGCUCACCAAGUUUACAGUUUUAAUUGGCAAAAUGAAUAGUUCUGUAAGAGGUCAAGUCAAAGACCCUUUCAAAAUUUUGUGGUGUAGGAAACUUUAUAGGUGUAGGAAAACUUUCCUAAGUCAUUUCAAGUCAAAGAUAUGCCAGUGCUUCACUCUUAUGGUAAUAGGUAAACAAGUAAAAGCCAAGGAGUUUGCACCUCUGUUCUGUGCCAAAGGAAAGCUUUCAUGUGCAAACUAACUAGGUAAAUUAACACCAUGCAAAUUAUAUAGAUGUAAAGUUAACUUGUUUCUGCUAUUCCACACAGGAAUAUCCUCUCUGCUGAAAAGAGUCAAAGCUCAUUUCUCUUCAUCCUCACACAGUGAGUGGUUUGCAGUGAAAAACAAGGGAGUGAAAGGCAUUUUUUUAACAUCUUCUAUAGAGAGGUGCCUAUUCAUUGACUGAAAUGCUUAUAAUAGUGAAGCACUGAACUACUGGAGUGUUUUAUUUUCCUUUUUACUAUUUGUACCUCUGAGGGGUGCAGUGCUAUUGUGAAAGUGGGUGCCUUUUGACCAGAAAGUAUUACAAAUGCAAUAUACUUCUGUCUGUAUUGGCCUUGUGCGAUUUAGCUGAAUUGCUGAAAAGAAUUUUGUUUACAGAAUGGCAGUCUCUAAGCAAUUGGAAAUUGUUUGCUUUAUUUCAGUAUUAGGGCAGCAAUACCCAGAAAAAGAAAAUAUGUAAUUUAGAAACAGAUGUUUUCUAUAUCUAAUUUAAAAAAUAUAUUUAUUAUCAUAUAUUUUGUUAAUCUUAUUUAUUAUUUCUAUUUAUUACUUGGUUAAAUUUAAAGGAUAGGCUACCAAGCUGGUGAGAUAAAACCCUAAUAUCCUUUUGACAGGUACCAUUUUUCAGAAGCUAAACAAAAACAAAAAAAAGCAUACUAGUCUUUAUCAAUCUAGCGUGUGACAAGCUUGCUUUUUCUUUUCAAUUAAACAAUAAGCACAAAAGUAAUUUCAAGGUUUUAAAAGCUCGAUUACAUACUGUAAGGAAAACACUGGAAAAUAGAUGACCUUUGCAACUUGAGUAUCUGUAAAUACAGUUGUACUGCUGCUCUGGCUGGUAGCACUUCAGAGAUGUGGUGUUGCUAUCUAAGUAGUGUGUGCUGAGCUACCGAUUCACCUGGUCAGGUGCACUGUGGCAAUGGGAAUAGAUGUGCUGUUACUUGAACAUUUUAGGCCACUUUGGUUCUCUUCACACUGGAGUCCUUUUCAUUGAAACAUUCCAUUAAUUUAGGUUGUUCAAUGUAAGUUUAUAAUUUUUUUUUUGUUUCACUUAUGUCUUUACUGAGGAUUAUAAAGAAAUGGGUUCAAGGGUCUGCAUCACUUUACAUUAUGUGUCUGUAAUUACAGUGAUCUUGUAUAGCAAAUUGUCACUUAUGAAAUAUAUCAGUACAAAAUAACCAUACAUUCUUGCAGUAUGCUUAUUGUGUACACUGCACUACAUCCUGAUUUUUUCACUGUUUUUAUUCUAAACGUUUGUAAAGAAUUCUGUUCUUAAAUUUGUUGUUCCCUCCUUUAAGGAAAUUAUGUGUACUGCAACAAUGCAUAAUUAUAAAGUGGGUUUACCAAGCAUGGAAAUAUGAAGAACAUUUCAAUUAAGAACAUUUAACUCUGAAGCGUAAACACAUGAUUUUUCUGACAAAUAUGCAAUCUUGAACUGCAUCAUAGCGUCCGUUUACAUUAUCCUUAUAUAUCUGUUUACAAUUGUACAUGUUAAUGGGGCUUUUCCACAUUGUUUUAAACUUUCAUUAAAAUGUAAUGGAGAAUAUGCCACGAUUGUUAAAGAAAGAAAAAAUGUGGUAGUGUAUUUUACCUUAAAUACAGUGUUGUAGGAGAUAUUCAUAGCAGUUUAGGAAUGUAUUAGAUGUUUAAAAUGGACAGUUUGAAUGCAUAAUCCACUGUAAGGAUAAAUCUUUGAGUGCAUAUUCACGUUUCCUACUGUUUAAAUUGACAUUCGCAUUUUUCACCCUAAAUGGCUCGACUAUCAAAAGAAAUUAAUUCCCUUUUACUAGUACUGUUGCCUGGACUUCACACCUGUCUGUAUAGAUUUUGCAUGUUCUUCUUGUUUCAAUAAGUGUUUUUCAUUCAAGGUCUCCAGCUUUCUCCCCACAUCCCAGAGAUGUGGAAGUUUUGUUAAUUGAAUACUUUAUAUUUGACUACUCUAAUGAACAUGAUGACUUGAUUACUACCUUGAACCCAGGGUUGCUGGGAUGUGUUCCAACCUACCCAUCAACAUGAAUUGGAUUAAGCAGGUUCAAGAAUGAAAUGUAAUAAGAAAUUGUUAACCAUGUCCAAGAUUUCUCUGGGUAAAUCAAAUCCAUUUUACUUUCAUAAUGUACCUGAAUUAUCACUCAUUGAUUUGUUUUAUUUGUAUCAUUUUCUGUCUUAACAGUAGUUACUGGAGUACUAGGCUUCAUCUUCCUUAAAUUAAAUUGGUCUAAUCUGGUUUGAAAAUAAAAUAAUGGGAACUGACUUACUUAGCCUUGGCAGUAUACCAUAACUUAGUAAAUAUAAUCCAAGCAUCUAUCCACAUCCAAGAGUGAACAACUAACUGAAAGGCAAGAGCAUUUUACAUUCCAUACUUCAUUUAUAUUCAAAUGAGAGACCAAAAUAAAGUAUUUUCACAUUUUUGAAAGAAACCAAAAACAAACCAAAAGCUUUAUUACUGCAAGUAUUGAAAAUGUAAAAUAACAUUUUACAGAAACUGAAGGAACACACACCAAACCAAAAAUCAAACUAUGUUCACAUUUCAGUCCAUUUUCAGUUUUAAAUAGGACUGCCUGCGUUAUUCUCUGAGUAUUCCAUUUUCCUGCCAAGUCCCAAAGUUUUGAGUGUCAAGUGAACUGGUAGCUCUAAAUUGGCUCAGUAUGAUAGUAUAGGUGUGUGAAUAUUUGCUUUGUGUUUGUUUCCAAUCUACAGUCCAGUACUGCAGAGAGAGCAAGGCAUUGCCUCCUCGCAACCCUGAUUUGGACAUGUGGAUCCAAAAAUAGAAAAACAGGUUAAAAACUUCAUUGUGAAUGGAUGGCAUUUCAGUAAGUAAAAAAGGAAACUUAGAGAAAUACAUAAAUUGUCAUUAAACACAUGCCUGUUGACACCAUCAUGUGUUUUAUCUAUAUCUUUAAACCAUAGCCCAGUAGACAGAAGAAUAUCUCUUUCAUCAGCAGAGAAGAGACAUAAUAUAUAACAAGUUGCACACAGUUGUUAGUGCUCUUAAUAACAGAGCUCGUCAAAUGAUGGACAACAUCAGGUUUACAACAAAAUGCUUGUUUUUGGCACGGUGCAAUUUUGCAGUAUUGUUAUGUAAAGAAAAUGCAUUACUGAUAAGUAUCUCAAAGGGAACCUCCCGCUCCAAACUAAAAGAUUUUGCAGCUUUGAAGCAAGUACAUUUAAAAGUGAACAUUAUUGUGAUUAUCCAGUAAAAUCUGCUGGUUUAAAUUUACUGAUUUCAUUGGCCACAUGGUUUUACAUCACAUUCUAAACACAGCAUUCAGUCUCCCUUAGAAGAGCCAUAUUAGCUACAUCUUUAUACAGAGAAAUUAUAAUCUGUUUAUACAAAGUAGAAAUGUAAUUAGCAACAGAGUCAGGGACAGUACUACUAAUGGAAAAAAACUUGUUAGCAAAAUACAUUCACUGAAUGCUAGAACUGUUUCAUUUAUGUAAUUGAUUUGAUUAACUAUGUGGAAAAUCACAUGACCAACAUUUGCAAUAUUAGAGGUUUUGUCGACUUAUAGAGGUAAAUACUUAUUUUCAAAAGUUUUAGUAAAUUUUGUACAUUUUUCAGUGAUGCAAAACAACACAUUUCUUUAUUUCACUAGUCACCAAAAAAAAAACUUGACAAAUAGGAAUAAAAUGUUUUUUGAAUUUAACUUUUUUGUGCUAACAUUUUAUGUUUAUUUCAACUCCUUGGUAAAACGAUCACUUAGUACACAGGAAUGUCCCUGAAGCUCACUGACAAAUACAGCAUGCAAGCUGUAAUUGAAGUUAUGGAUGUGAACAUAAACAAACACAUAACAAUGUACACUAAUCAACAAACUGAGGUAUAUAUUUCUGAGAAGUUUAGCCCGUGCAUAAAGAACUCCUUUCUGUUGGAGUCAGAAGUGCUCUGGUUUUGGAAUUACAUCCUCUUAGCAUAUUUUCAACACACUUCACUUUAAUUCUUAGGAGAAAUAUUUGUAUUAGUCUCUACCAUGCAAGCCUCCUAUGGCGCCGUGGGAACAUCAACCCAACCAGUAACAAUGACUUUUGCAGUGGAAGUUAUUCUUUAGCUCAACUGGUUAGAUUUCAUAAUGUGCAUGGUCAGGGCCGAGAUUAGAUCACAGGUGUGGGGUAAGCCAUAGCAGAUGCAGAGAGUGCCUAGGUUAUCUGCUGAGACGCAGAGCCUCUGAAGAGAGGCAUGAAGUAAUGAAAAGGUAAGAUCUGUGUUUGCGGAAUGUAGAUGAUUGUACACUAGUUAUUUGCUGAUGUAGAUUGGUUGAUGUUUUAUGAAAUUACCAUUACUGUAUUACAAACAACAAAACACUGUACAUUACUGCAAGAAUUCAAACAACUCACUUAGUCACUUUAUACUUUUAUAAUCCUGGGUAUUUGGCUUUUUGUUUGAUAUAAUUAUUCUGUAAUUUUGAGGUAAAUGUACAUAAUUUUAACAGAUUUUGAAGUGCAUUGCAAAGUUCACUUUUUUCUAAUGAUUUUAAGGCAACUUAAAAGCUUGAAUGUUUGCUUAGGGCCUUACUCUAGUUUUAUAUAUUUAUUCCUGCUGUUUCAUUUAGUGCUUUAUUUUUUUUCCACUAGGAAUGAGUUGGGGUGGCGCAGUGGUAGCGCUGCUGCCUCGCAGUUAGGAGACCCGGGUUCGCUUCCUGGGUCCUCCCUGCGUGGAGUUUGCAUGUUCUCCCCGUGUCUGCGUGGGUUUCCUCCGGGCGCUCCGGUUUCCUCCCACAGUCCAAAGACAUGCAGGUUAGGUGGAUUGGCGAUUCUAAAAUUGGCCUUGGUGUGUGUUUGUGUGUGUCCUGCGGUGGGUUGGCACCCUGCCCAGGAUUGGUUUCUGCCCUGUGUUGGCUGGGUUUGGCUCCAGCAGACCCCCGUGACCCUGUAGUUAGGAUUCAGCAGGUUGGAAAAUGGAUGGAUGAAUAGGAAUGAGUUUCCACUUUUUUAAAUCUAUGUGAGUUGGCAUUAUGACCUGUUUAUCCUGACUUGAUAGGGUAAUUUAUAUCACCUGUGAAAAUGGUCUGCCUUACACAUUACAACACAACAUAGCAAAUAUUUUAUAGAAGCUAUAAUAAAAUUAAAUACAGUUCCACAGAAGACAUUAGCAACACACCUGUAAUACAAUUAUAACAGAUUUCACACUUCGAUUUUACCAGCUCAUAUUACAGAUCCUGUACAUAUCUAAUAAUACUAACAAUAAAGUUUUGCCGUACUGGUCAUUGCAUUCUUUCACUUCAGUCAAGUUUGGAAGGACAGUAUUUAGCUCAGCUGUAAUCAGAAUGCAGUGAAUAUUGCUGUCACCUGUAGUUUAGAAGACGUUAAAUAAAACUAUAGUCCAAGAAACUAUAAAAUUAAUAAACUGAUUGCCAGUCAUAAUUCUUUGUCAUAAUGUCUACCUUUCUAAGUUGACAUUACAUAUAAUCAUAGAAGUUCCAUUUUGUGACUUUCUAUAUGUGAAUUUCGCUUUAGUAACAAACUAAAAUGCUAGAACAUGGAAAAAUUGCUUUGCUGCUGAUAGUUAUGGAGAAAGUAAAGGAAGCAGCCUUUUUAAUAGGUAAGAGCUGCCAUCAUUUUCACAGUGAGCCUUGUCAGAUCUUCUUGUGAGUUGCAUUAGUGCACAGAGUGAUGUCUAAAAAAAUGAUAGCAAAGUUUUUUGCUUAUUUCAUUUGUUUGGCAUGCAAGAUAAUCACACAUGUAAUCAUUAUUUGUUACAAAGUUAUUGCUCCUUCAUUAACUUGCUCCAAAUAAAGAGAUAAUUAUAAUCGUUUUUUUUUUUUUAAUUAUUUAUUAUUAUUAAUUCUGCGGUGGGUUGGCACCCUGCCCGGGAUUGGUUCCCUGCCUUGUGCCCUGUGUUGGCUGGGAUUGGCUCCGGCAGACCCCCGUGACCCUGUGUUCGGAUUCAGCGGGUUGGAAAAUGGAUGGAUGGAUGGAUUAUUAUUAAUUAAAUUUUCCCAAAACAUGUAACCUAGAAGGGCAGAAACCACAUGGCAUUAUUCACAAUUAGGUUCCAGUCUCUAAAAUAUAUUGUAUAAUUUUAAACUACAAAGAUAUUUAUGAUGGCAGUUUUAUGAUACUGUAUUUUACAGUGAUUCAUGAAUAAUAUAUAUCCUCAAUAAAUGAGUACCACUUCUUGUCUGAGAUAUCAGUGGAGAGUUCCCUUUUUAUGCAUUGCAUCAUGUUGUGGUGGCCCGUUUUAAGACCAUCCUAACAAAUAUAAAUCUAACAUUAAUCAUUGUGGACACAUGGGUUUUAAAGUCACAUCAUGAAAUGAUGCAAAGAAAUUCCUAAAGUUGUUCAAAAAAAGUUGAAAUUUGCUAGUCUCCAGAUGAUUACUGUCCUUCUAUUCUACUAUAUAACCCAUUCUUGUCAAAUAUAUUUAAAGGUCAUCCAAUCCAAGACAUAAUAUCGAGGUGGGAAACAUUGUUCAUUGAUAAGAACAAGAACAAUGAGUAAUAAUUUGGCAGAAUACACCAUAAUGAUCCUCAUACAUUCUGGAUUAAUGCUCCAUGUAAAGCAGACCCUAAAAUGUUUUUUUAUGUCACGCAAAGGCUCCAUUAUUUUUGGAGAUGAUACAACAUAAAAUUCCACAGUAACAACCUCAUACAAAUGAGCAUGUUAAGAAUUUCGUGAUUGAGCCAUGUUCUGGAGAUGUUUUACUGCAUCUCCAUAAUAUGUCAUCACUGAAGUGACAAUAAAUUAUAUUGAAUCAGAGACCUCUCAGUGCUGUUAAAUACCAGUUAGUGCAUAUAUAAGAUGUCUCAUUGCAUUUAUUGCCUGAAAAUCUGGCAUAACCAGUUACUGAAAAUGUAUAUUUAAAAAGUAUAUAAAUUUACUAUUUUUGUUGAUUUGGGAUCCUGUAGUUUUAUUUUGUUGAAGAUUGGAUAACCUUCAAUGUGAAAAAAUACAUACACUUGGCACUGAAUUGAACCCAUCUUGAUGUGAAUACUGCAGUUUAAACAGUAUAUGUCUGCUGGUUCCUUUAAUUUGCCACAAUAUAUUAUUAACUUUGAGAUCAGCACUUUUAAUAACUAAUAAUUAAUUAAUCUGUGCGGGAAAGUAAGUUGCUCAACACUGUUUUCCAAAAGUAAUAUUAAUGAAAUUAAUGAUACAGAAUACAUAAAUAACAUGCUAAAAUGUCCUCUGCCAUUGUUGCAUGGUACAAUACCUUCACCCCGUGCAGCUCAGGUGUUAUUUUAUGUUAUUACUAUCUUUCAGUCUCAGUUAAAAAUUUUAACAUACUUAAGAUCUGGAUAGUAACUUCUUGUAAAGCCCCUAUUUUCAUUCAGAAAUAGUCUGCUCAUUCUCUCAACCUUCUCUGCAUUGUAUACAGAUCUGGCUUUUUUUGUAAUAGUUCCUGGUGCAGUCUCACAAACACUGAUAUUCCUGAGUGCGACUUGAGGUGAACAAGCACGGGCUGCUUUGACACUUCUUUUUUAGCUAUUUAAUUUCUUCAGAUUUUUGGUGGUUUGAUGAACAAUAAGUCACCAGUCUUGUCAGUAAAUGACAACUGAACCUAGGUAUAUGGUAAGCACUUAGGUGAAAAUUAACUUAGGGUUGUGUGUAAAAUGUUACCUGCCAAUCGCAAGACUGCUUAAAGAAGUUACUGUACACAAAGGGCAUGGCUCUGUUACCUGCGUUCAUAAAUUAAUGUGUUUUUUUUUCUUAUUACUCCAGUUAUCUGCAUUGCUUAUUUUUUAUUUGUUUUGAUAAACACCUCAACUGAAUAUUUUUAUGUGUUACAUAGGAAAAAGAUCAGAAAUGUUUUGUAAAGACUGAAGUUGAAAGUCUUUUCACACUGCACUAAAAUGCAACAACUCUUAGUGUGUGCUAAUCUUUAUGUUACCCCUGCACAUGCAGUCUCUCCUGACUGUAAAUUCCACCCUGACUUUAGCACCUGAAUCUAGCACACAUUUUUAUUUCUAUUUACGCUGUUCUUUUGUGAUACUUUGAUAUUUCAGAUUAUAACUGUUCCCACUUAUCAGAUAUCUUUCAUUAAUUGUGUAAAUGUUAGCUGACACAAUAACUGAUCUCAGAACCAAUGAGGAGGUCAGGUAAACAUUGCACAAUACACAGUAUAUUAAUCUUCACUUUUAAACGUAGUGUUAUUUUUUCUGUUGUAUGCUUUUUCUGAUUAUAUGAGGUUUUAUUGACACCCACAAUGCUGGCAGCAUGCUUUGCUAUAGUUGUACGUGGUAGGACAGUUCAAUUUUGCUCAGAUCACAUGAGUACAAGUCAGCAACACAAGUUAAUAAAAAUGAGUCUAUAACUUGCCUAUAUCAAUUCCAGGGUUUACAAGGAUUUUUAAAGGAUUUUUAUAACUAAAGCAAAAUAUGUUAUAAUGUGUUACUCAUGUGUAGAUUUCAGGGAGAAAUGUUGAAGUUUGACCUGAAAUACUAAUUCUUAAGUAUGAUCACAGUAGUAAUGUGUGUCAAGGAUUUAGGCUGGUGCCUCUAUAACUGUAAUUUGUGUAAUGCUGGUUGGGGAGUGGGUUUAAAAUCUGACAUUUUUGCACUAGCAGGGUGUUGAUGAGGUACCGGGGUAAGACAAAUCAUGGAUUCAAUUCACCUUUGGUUACUUAUGUCACUGAAAUGUAAGUAAAAAUAACGUACUUAAACUCCUUUGAAAUUUUUCUCAUUUAAUAGUGAAGACCUGUGAAUGUGUUUUACUGAAAAUGAAUGGAUUUUAUUAGCCAAUAACAUAAACAGACAAUAUGUUGCUCACAAUGACACCAACACUUAUCAGACUACCCCACCCUGCAGUGCCCAGAACAAAUCAAUUUUUAAUUAUUUUAUUUUUUCUGGAGAAAAAUGGCACCUAAGUCUGAGUGGCGUAAUGUGUAGAUGUGGUGCGUGCAUUGUGAAGGUAAUUGAAAGAACAUUUAAUGCUGGAAAAUACAAGGAAAGAAGCAAUUUUGUAAGUUGCUGUGUUUAUGAGUUAAUAAAGAAGUUAAUUAUACAGAUAAUAAUGAUUAUAAUGUAAAAUGUUUCUCUUUCUUUGAUGAAAUGCCAAGUGAUUAAUGGCCUCUGUAUAAAUCUUUUUUGUAAAAUUAUUCUGUGCACUACUAUUAAAAAACAACAUAUGAAAAAAA